AUGGACACCACAAAAUGCACUUUUUCUCAACCGCCACCGGGUGCAGCUUUACACAGCACAACGAUGGCGGCCGACGUGAAGGUGGAGCUGGACGCGGGGGCGUUGAUGAGACGCAUGCAGGAGGCCGUCUACAAGGACAAGACCAAGGACGACAAGGAGGUGUGGGCCGUGAAAAACGAGCUGACGCCGGCCAUCAUCGAGGAGGUGAUCCGGAGAGCCACCCCGAUCAUCCGCGCCGAGCCGAUGCGCCUCGAGGUGAAGGCGCCGGUGUACUGCGUCGGCGACAUCCACGGCCAGUUCACGGAUCUGAUGCGCAUCUUCAAGAAGACCGGGUGGCCCGACGGGCAAUCGAGGCGCUAUCUGUUCCUCGGCGACUACGUCGACCGUGGCCCGAACUCGUUGGAGUGCAUCGUUUUUCUGCUGCUCGUCAAGGUAAUCCACCCAUCGGCCAUCUAUCUGCUGCGCGGGAACCACGAGUGCUCGGCCGUCAAUCGGGUGUACGGCUUCUACGAGGAGUGCUGUUCCCGGUUCCCUGAGAACCACGUCGGCCGCGGGCUCUGGGACCAAUUUCAGGACCUGUUCAACUGGAUGCCGAUGACGGCGCUGAUCUCGCGCCGAAUCCUCUGCAUGCACGGCGGCAUCUCCCCAAUGUUGCAAGAGCUGAGCCAGCUGAACGACAUCGAGCGCCCAGUCGACCCGUUUGCCGCCUGUCUGGCCGUCGAUCUGCUGUGGGCCGACCCGAGCCCCCAGAUGGCCAACGGACCCCUCGAUCCACUCUAUGAAGCAUCCGCCCGCGGCAUAUCACAUCAUUUUAGCAAACGGGCGCUGCAGGAGCUGUGCAAGAAGUUCAGCAUCGAUCUCGUCGUCCGCGGCCAUCAGGUCGUACAGGAUGGCUACGAAUUCUUUGCCCAUCGCCACCUGGUGACCGUGUUCUCGGCCCCGAACUACUGCGGCACGUUCAACAACUUUGGCGCGUUGCUGUACGUCGACUGGGAUUGCCAAUGCAGUAUGACGACGUUCCCGCCCGAUCCGCUGGCACCGAAAGGGAAAGGGCCCAAGGCGGCUGAGACGACAAUCGACGAGAUGGACAUUGACGACGGCAAGGAGGAGGGCGGGACGUCAGCUGCUCCCACCCGCCCCGAGCGUGUCAAGCAGGCUUCACAGGGCCCACCAACGCCAAAGGCCAAAAGCCAGCGUCGCGUCUACGCGCAGCCCAUCGUUGACACCCAGCCCGGCUCCCCGGCAGGAUUGCGGCAAGAGGACCUCAAAUUCCACCCAGCCACCGUUUCCCAUCCGGCCGAUCCCAAACCGGCGAAACCGGCAGAUGAUUCGGGCGUGGUCGUCGUCGAGAUGGAGCCGGCAAAGCCACCGCCGCUACGAAGCCCAUGGCGCACCAAUGAAGCGUUGCAGCCGGUGCAGCCGGUGGCUACGGCCCCGGAAGCGGCGCAGAAGCGAGCGGAAACCAUCGUCGAACCGGAAGCGAAGCCUGUGGCGCCCCCCAACCAGAAAAUUUGGGCCCUCAAUCUCAACUCCUUCCUGGUGGCCUCAACGCCAGCGAUUGCCGAUCCCAAACUCACGGCCGAAACGCCAAAACCCAGACCCGACCCGCCGCCCACCUCAACUCCCGCAUCAGCUACCCCGUCCUCCGGCCCGAAGCGGCCACCCUCUAAAAUUAAGCACAUUUCCCGGAAGUCGCGCAGGAAG